GUAUGUGUACCUCACCAUGUCAAUGGCUCCUCCUGCCAGCAAACUACUAAGAUGAGAUCGGAGGACAGGGCCCCUUCAAAGGAAAAAUAGCCUAGAAAUAACCUCUCCGCGGAAACAAAAGUGACCGUACCUGGUCCCGUAUUGAACGGAAGGAUUUGACAUUGCAAGUGUGCCACCGACGAACUGUACUGGGAUCAAAAGUGGUUAGGAAAUUGAGCACUCCAACUUCCCAAAUGAACUCCGUCAGAGCAGCCAACAGAAGAGCGAGGAGAGUUACGAGGCCGCCGCGCCCGGUGCAGCAGCAACAGCCGCUUCUACCGCCACCGCCGGAGAGGAAUAACGGCGAACGCGAUGAUGAUGUGCCUGCAGAUAUGGUUGCCGAAGAGUCUGGUCCUGGUGCUCAGAACAGUCCUUACCAACUUCGUAGAAAAUCACUUUUACCUAAACGAACAGCAUAUUUGUCAAAGAACAGCAUGGAGGGUGCAUCCACGUCUACUGUGGAGAAUUUUGGUCAUCGAGCAAAACGUGCAAGAAUUUCAGGAAAAUCACAGGAUCUACCAGCUGCAUCUCCAGCAGAACAGUACCUUCAGGAGAAGUUACCAGAUGAAGUUGUGCUGAAGAUCUUCUCCUACUUGCUGGAACAGGACCUUUGUCGAGCAGCUUGUGUGUGCAAACGAUUCAGUGAGUUGGCAAAUGACCCAAUACUGUGGAAGAGGUUAUACACAGAAGUGUUUGAAUACACUCGCCCAAUGAUGCACCCAGAGUCUGGUAAAUUUUAUCAGGUGAAUGCAGAUGAAUCUGAACAUCCAAAUCCGUGGAAGGAAAGCUUUCAGCAGUUGUACAAAGGAGCACAUGUGAAACCAGGCUUUGCAGAACACUUCUACAGCAACCCUGCUAGGUACAAAGGACGAGAAAACAUGCUGUAUUACGACACAAUAGAAGAUGCUUUGGGUGGAGUUCAGGAGGCUCAUUUUGAUGGGUUAAUCUUUGUUCAUUCUGGAGUAUACACUGAUGAAUGGAUCUACAUAGAAUCUCCAAUCACCAUGAUAGGGGCAGCCCCUGGCAAAGUAGCAGACAAGGUUAUCAUUGAAAACACUCGGGACUCUACUUUUGUUUUUAUGGACGGUUCAGAAGAUGCUUAUGUUGGGUUCAUGACGGUCAAGUUCAAUCCUGAUGACAAGUCAGCCCAGCAUCAUAAUGCCCACCAUUGCCUGGAGAUCACAGUAAACUGUAGCCCAAUAAUAGAUCACUGUAUUAUUCGCAGUAGUUGCACAGUUGGUUCUGCAGUAUGUGUUAGUGGUCAAGGUGCAGGCCCCACCAUCAAACAUUGCAACAUUAGUGACUGUGAAAAUGUUGGUUUGUAUAUAACAGAUCAUGCACAGGGAAUAUAUGAAGAUAAUGAGAUUUCCAAUAAUGCUUUAGCAGGAAUAUGGGUUAAAAACCAUGGGAAUCCUAUUAUCCGACGGAAUCACAUUCAUCAUGGACGUGAUGUUGGUGUGUUUACCUUCGAUCAUGGCAUGGGUUACUUUGAAAGCUGUAACAUCCACAAAAAUAGGAUAGCUGGUUUUGAAGUGAAGGCAUAUGCCAACCCUACAGUAGUUCGGUGUGAAAUUCAUCAUGGACAAACUGGUGGAAUCUAUGUUCAUGAAAAAGGGCGAGGACAGUUUAUAGAGAACAAAAUAUAUGCAAAUAAUUUUGCAGGUGUGUGGAUUACCUCCAACAGUGAUCCAACAAUUAGGGGUAAUGCAAUUUAUAAUGGCAAUCAAGGAGGAGUAUACAUCUUUGGAGAUGGAAGAGGCCUUAUUGAGGGAAAUGAUAUUUAUGGUAAUGCAUUAGCGGGGAUACAAAUUCGAACAAACAGUUGUCCCAUUGUACGGCAUAACAAAAUUCAUGACGGACAGCAUGGUGGUAUUUAUGUUCAUGAAAAAGGACAAGGAGUGAUUGAAGAGAAUGAGGUUUACAGUAAUACCUUAGCUGGAGUUUGGGUCACAACAGGAAGCACGCCGGUUUUGAGAAGAAACCGAAUACACAGUGGAAAACAGGUUGGUGUUUACUUUUAUGACAAUGGACAUGGAGUGCUUGAAGACAAUGACAUCUAUAAUCACAUGUACUCAGGUGUUCAGAUAAGAACUGGCAGUAAUCCUAAAAUCAGACGCAAUAAAAUAUGGGGCGGUCAGAAUGGAGGUAUUUUAGUUUACAAUUCUGGUCUUGGAUUUAUAGAAGAUAAUGAAAUUUUUGACAAUGCAAUGGCUGGGGUUUGGAUAAAGACUGAUAGUAAUCCUACACUUAGAAGAAACAAAAUCCAUGAUGGAAGAGAUGGGGGAAUCUGUAUAUUUAAUGGUGGCCGAGGACUUUUAGAAGAGAAUGAUAUCUUCAGAAAUGCUCAAGCUGGUGUACUUAUCAGCACGAACAGCCAUCCAGUAUUAAGGAAAAACAGAAUAUUUGACGGAUUUGCAGCUGGUAUUGAAAUUACAAAUCAUGCAACAUCCACAUUAGAAGGAAAUCAGAUAUUCAACAACCGUUUUGGGGGGUUAUUUCUAGCUUCAGGUGUAAAUGUAGCAAUGAAAGAUAACAAAAUAAUGAGUAACCAAGAUGCUAUAGAAAAAGCAGUUAGUAGAGGGCAGUGCCUAUACAAAAUUUCAAGUUAUACAAGCUAUCCGAUGCACGAUUUUUAUAGGUGUCAUACUUGUAAUACGACAGACCGCAAUGCAAUUUGUGUUAACUGUAUCAAGAAGUGCCAUCAAGGACAUGAUGUAGAAUUUAUUAGGCAUGAUAGGUUUUUCUGCGACUGUGGUGCAGGAACACUUUCAAAUCCAUGUACAUUAGCAGGAGAGCCAACACAUGAUACGGACACACUGUAUGAUUCUGCACCGCCCAUAGAAUCAAAUACAUUGCAGCACAAUUGAACUCUGUACUGGAGACAUCAAACUGUUAUAAUUUAACUCUCAACUGUGUUUAAAUAUAUAUAUAUAUAUAUUUGCCCACUUCUGCAGGAAGACUGAAUUCUUAAGUGAAAAAUCCCAAUGGAUUUGUGAACUUAACACUAUUGGAACCCAACUGUACCAAAAAAAGGAAGUUAACAGAGGCACUAUGCCAACCCAAGGAAGUUAACAGAAAGGCAAUAUGACAACUCAGGAUUAAAGGAAGAAAUGGGCAUUUUAGCAUUACCACAUUCAAACGUUUGAAGGAAUGGAACUGAAGUAACAACUAGCAGUUUACAAGGAAAGCAUCAUCCAAUUUGCAGCAGUUCUGUUCCACUGACCAGCAGCACUGCCUGCUGCAGUAAUGGACAUGGGUACCAGUACACAUGUAUAGUAAAAUAUGAUCUAGCACUUCUGCAUAUUUUUUUUUAAUUUUUAAACAUAUACUCAGAUUGGACAAAUGAUUUUAAUGCUUUAAUACAUGUAUUUUCUUUUUUUUUUUUGUAAUUUUAAGCAAGGGUAUUGUACUUGAAUGUGUCCCAUUUUUGUUAGAUACUUUGCUGUUACUUGUACUCAUGUCCCAGUAUGUAAUUUCUUUCUGUGAAAGAGAAACACUAAUCUUAAUCACAUCCAGCUACUUUUCUGGUAUUAAAAGAAAAAAGAACUGUGUUCUUUUUCCUUUUGUUUGCAUUCAUUUGUCAGAAUGAGUUUGGAUGUUUUCAAGAGACUUUAACAUUAUGUUGUAUGAAACUCUGAUCACGGAGUUGCAGCCUGUCAAUAUACCAGCAUCACAAAGUCUCCUUAAAACAGUCCUAUAAAUUAUUCUGUUCAUGCACUUUUUGAACAGUUAAUUCUUACAUUUGUGUGAACUGCAAUUAAGUUAUGCUUCUUGCUGUAAUGAAGCUGAAACAAGUAUAUACAUAUAAAAAAAGCCUUAUACAGUUU